ACGUUUCACCUCAUCACCUUAUCUGAUUGUAAAGAGAGCCUGCAACGCCAAGAGACGACAAUUAUUUUAUCACAUUUCUAUGAGAAGCAAACAUCCUAAAUACUAUUUCACGGACAGGACAUAAUUACAACGACAUUUUAUUUUUGCUUAACGGGCAUCGAAAAGAAAUCAAAAGAGGUGCAUAUUUUACCGAUUUUAGUCUUUGAUCUCAUAUCAAAGACGUCCUUGUGAUAAAUAGGAUCUUACGUGUAUUUAAACAACUGCUGAUCUUAUUGGAGGCCUCUUUUCUGCGCCUCAAAGAAGCUAGAAUUUUUUUCUUACUAAAAAAGAACUGCAAGAAAAACGUGGACUGAUGGAAUUAAACAGAAACUACUACCUUAUGACUCUGGCGGCGAUUCUCGUUUCUUUCAUAGCUAUACAAGGUUCCUCUGGGUUUUCAUUAUCAGAAGAUAGACCGUUACAGACGAAUGAAGACGACACUCUCUUAAACUUGAUCACAGGGAUGUACAGUAAAAAUCUUCAUAAAAGCGACGUGGAAUCGCUAAAACGAAGUCAAGGCUGGGCAAUAUCGUAUGGGAAAAGAGCAUCGCCUGGCUGGUCUAUAGCGUACGGCAAGCGAGACCCAAUAGAUGACCUUCAAGAAUAUUCGAACACGAGGCCCAAGUAUUUCAUCACCAAACGUGCUACUCCUCUAGCUAUGACAAGGGUGAAUUCCUGGAACCCUACACCAAACAAACGACAGCAAGGUUGGCAUAUUGCAUACGGAAAAAGAUUUGUUACACCUCUAUAUCGAUAGACGAGUUCCCGAGUGAAAAUUAAGUUAAAACAUCAUAUUCUGAACACUGAAUUUCGAGCUGAUUUUGUCAUAAGAAAACCCGAGGUUGUCAUCAAGAAAUUAAUUAGCACGUAGCGUGCUAUCUCAGUUUACAUGUUCAAAUCACUGUAUCCUCAGAAUCGUCAAAGCUUGUUAGCAAAUUUGACCACGUCCUUACUUUUCUGAAUGGGAAUGAAUUUAUCGACGAUUUCAAAGUGACUUUAAGCUAAAUUGUUUUUCCAUUUUCUUAUAUUUGGAUUAUUAAUCAGUUGGAUGCCGCGUCUUCUGAAUAGACAUGUACCUGUGAUUUUUCUGGUUGUCUGAAUGCCAUCAAUCAAUUUAGAUUCUAUAAAUGAAAUAUUUCUACUCAUAAGAUCUUGGUGAAAAUAUUUUUCUUUCAUUGUUCAUCUUAAUAUUCAUGGAACAAGUCUGGUUGAAAUAAAUUUACAAUGCACCGUCCAAAAGAGAUGUAGUUGAGAUUUUCUCCUUGGAGUAAACUCUAAUACUGUAAUUGAAAAUGGCUAAAGGGUGCUUUUUUGAUACAGACCAAAGUUCAAACAGAGUUUAAGAACACCAUUGUCAGUUAUUUGCGAGUUAUCAUAUAAAUUUGAGCAUUUGCAGAGUGUGAUGUGGAAUAAUUUUUAUAUGAUAUUCUAAAAUAAGAUAUUUCUAAAAUUA